AUGAGGAAACAACAAUCUUUGAACAGUUCUUUUAAACCAUCCUCGAUUAAUCCUCCUAAUCCUAUGACCAAACGAAAUUCCGAUGAUGAACCUAUGAGAAAUUCAAUUGAUGAAAGUGAUUUGGAACCAAAAGUCAAAACUUUAAAACGUCUAUGUGCAACACGAUGGGUCCAACGAUACGAUGCGAUAAAUGAUUUUGUAGAACUAUUUCCAUAUGUAGUCAUCUCAUUAGAAAAUAUAUCUGAGUGGACUGAUCCAUCUUCUGUUGAUGCUAACUUAUUGUUGAAAUCAAUGGAUUCCACAUUUUUAAUAUCGUUACAGGUCAUAAAAGUUUUAUUCUCAUAUGGACUACCUUUAUGUAAACAACUUCAACAAAUUGAAAUUGAUCUAAGAGAAGCUAUUGGAACUGCUGUUGAUAAUGUAAAUGCUCUUAAAACUCUAAGACAUAACAUUGAUGUUGAAUUUCAUAAGAUGUUUGAAAAAGCAAAAAAAAUGGCUGAAUUUUUGGAUAUAACUAUUUCAAUUAAACGUUUAAAUAAGCGACAACAAAAUCGAGCUAAUCCAUUAUCAAAUGAUAAAAAUGAAGUUGAACCGGAAACCUAUUUUCGAAUAACUAUGGCCCUGCCUUUCAUUGAUGCUUUCAUACAGCAAUUGGAAGACAGGUUUUUAGAACAUAGAAAUGUUUUUAAUGGUUUUCAGUGUUUAUUUUCAUAUGAUUCAGAUGAUACACUAGUUGAAUUUGAUGAACUAGUGAAAUUUUAUUUCCCUGAUAAUGAUAUUGAUACUGUUAGAGCUGAGUUACAAAUGUGGAAUGUUAAACUCAAAAGAAAGAAUAUACAACCCAAAACUGGAUUGGAUGCACUAAAAUACUGCAGUGAACUUAUUUAUCCUAAUUUAUCAAAAUUAUUUAGAAUAUUUUGUACAUUACCUGUGUCUACUGCUACACCUGAGAGAAUGUUUUCAUGUUUAAAAAGGUUAAAGACCUACUUGAGAAACACUAUGAAAGAAGAGCGAUUAAAUGGCCUCACUUUAAUGGCAGUUCAUAGGAACAUUCCUAUCAGUGCUGAAGAAGUAAUUGAUGAAUUGACUAAAAAAAAAAGAAAAUUAAAUUUUGUUCUAUAA